AUGUUAGAAGUCGGUUUACGGGUGAUCCGUGGACAGGAUUGGAAGUGGGAUGACCAAGAUGGUGGUGAGGGCCAUACAGGAACAGUUGUAGAAAUUGGCAAACCUCCCUCUUUUGGAAACUCAGCUUCUAGUCCUAAUCCAUCUGACAGGACACCAGAUAAAACUGUCAUUGUUCAAUGGGAUCAUGGAUCCAGAAGCAACUACAGAAUCGGAUAUCAAGGAGCAUAUGACCUGUUGGUAUUUGAUAAUGCAGCCACAGGUGUUAAGCAUGCAAAUAUCAUAUGUGAUGGAUGUAAAAGACAUGGGAUAAUUGGCAUCAGAUGGAAAUGUAUCCAGUGUUGUGAUUAUGAUCUAUGCACACAGUGCUACAUGGCUGAUGUGCAUAAUCUUAGUCAUUGUUUUGAAAGAUUUCAAACAGCCAAUUCAGUGGGAGUUCAAUUGACUCCACGAGAGAACUGUACCAAGAUACCUUUGAAAGGAAUAUUUAUUGGAGCUAAAGUUGUUCGUGGCCCUGACUGGGAAUGGGGAAACCAAGAUGGAGGAAGAGGAAAAACUGGCAGAGUUAUGGAUAUACGUGGAUGGGAUAAUGAAAGUAGCCGAUCAGUGGCAACUGUGACAUGGUCCAAGGGUAGUACAAAUGUCUAUCGUCUUGGUUACAAGGGCUGUGUGGAUUUGUGCUAUGUGGAGGAAGCCACAGCUGGCACAUAUUACAAGGAACACCUUCCACUCCUUGGACAGCCAGUAAUGACUGUAUCAGACAACCUAACCAAUGUAACUCCAACCAGAAUUGGUGUUCCUUCCUCUGUAUCUAGUCCGCGUCACUUAACCUUCAAUGUUGGGGAUAAAAUAAAAGUAUUGGUCGAUGUAGAAACACUAAAGGAAAUGCAAGAGGGUCAUGGUGGUUGGAAUCCACGUAUGGCCGAGUACAUAGGAAAAGUUGGCAGAGUGCAUCGUAUCACGGACAAGAGAGACGUCCGUGUGCAAUUCGAGGGAUGCAACAACCGAUGGACUUUUCAUCCUGGUGCAUUAACAAAGGUCACUAGCAAGGACACGUUCUCUCUCGGAGACAUAGUCAGGGUGAAGACCGAUUUAUCCGCGGUUAAACUCUAUCAGAGGGGCCAUGGAGAAUGGAUAGAUGUGAUGAAGAAUGCUUUGGGGAAAACUGGCAAAGUAAUCAAAAUAUAUUCUGAUGGAGAUUUGAGAGUUGCAUUAGAUGGUCAUACAUGGACAUUCAAUCCUUUGAGUGUCACUCUUGUUCCUCCUGGAACAGAAACUGUUUCCUUACAGGAUGAAGCAAACCGAAGCAGAGACUGGACAGCUGACGGUGUAGACACUGAAGUUGAGAAGCUAUUGAGAGAUGCAGCCAGAGGAGAAGCAGGGGUAUCCGCAGUUCAAGAAUUCCUCAAAAAAUACCCUGGUAGAGUGGAUGCCAGAGCUGGUGGACCAGGUGGUGGCAAGAAAACUUGUUUACAAGUAGCUGCACAUCAAGGCCAACGAGACCUCUGUACUCUUCUUCUGGAUGCUGGUGCAUCUCUACGAGCUGUAGAUGAGGAUGGGGACACACCUCUUCACUAUGCUGCAUUUGGUAACCAACCAGAGAUAAUGGAGCUACUUCUGUCACGCGGUGCAGCCAUUAACGCAGUGAACAAUGGCAAGUGCAGUGCCUUGCACGUAGCUGUAAACAAGCAACACGUUCAAUGUGUGAAAGUUCUACUGCGUCAUCACUGUGACGUUAAUUUACAAGACUCGUACGGAGACACAGCGCGAGUGGACUUCACCUUGAGGAAUAAACGGGGCUUCAACGUGCUGCAUCAUGCUGCUCUAAAGGGCAAUGCUCAUGCGACUGAGAAAUUAGUGGCGCGAGCAAGACACUUGGUAGACGUGAAAAAAGAGGAUGGUUUCGCUGCACUGCACCUUGCAGCUCUGAAUGGCCACAAAGACGUGGCUGCCAUACUUCUUUCUCCAAAUGGCGGCAACGCUAAAGUGGACCUUCGAAACAACCGUCGACAGACGCCUCUACAUCUGGCCACAUCUCAAGGUCACUGGGCUUUAGUAGAGCUUCUUGUGCACCACAAUGCAGACAUUGCUAGCAAUGAUGCAGAUGGUGACACAGUGUUACACAUUGCUAUAGUGAAGAGCCCCAAUCAAACCAAUGUGGUUCCUACGUCUGAAAGCUGUCGAGAUUCUCCUCUAAUUUAUGCAAUAUGGCAAAAUUUAGCUAGACAGAAUGCCAAGACGGAACUGGCGUUAGCUUGCUUCCUGGUGAGUGUGGAUAGAAGCUGCACUCUAUUAGAGCACAUGAAGAAUUCCAAAAAUAAAACGCCUUUAGAUCUUCUCGAGGCUGAUCCCCAGAUAGCCGCAUACACUGAUUUGGUGCGGUGUUAUCAAUACCAAAGUCACAGUACUGAAUUAGAGAUAGAAAACGCUCCCGCUUCACAGCCUUCCAUAUAUCAGAUAGACACAACGCUUCAAUCUGAAAUGGUACGUGGUAACAGAAAAGGUAUUCCAGGCUCUGGUGAUGCUACAGAGUGCCAUAGUUGCUUGGGUAUAGUGACCAAUGCAACGAAGGAUGGAAGCACAUUUAAUGCUGGCAGUAGUGUCACUAUAAUCAAUUGUGCUCACUGUGGUCAUGGAAUUGCGAAGACAGAAGCUAUUCUAGAUGGGCAGUUGGCUACCGGAGAAAUUCCUCUGACAAACCAGGAAGAAAAAAUUAAAGACAGUGCGUUGGAGGAGCAGAAGAAAGAGGAGAAUGAGGACAAGGAGAGAGAAAAAGAUAAGGACUUGGAACGGUUACGUUAUUUAGAGACUAGAGUGGCUGAUUUGGAGGAGGCCAAUAUGUGCAGUAUUUGCAUGGAACGUCGUCGAAACGUCGCAUUUCUGUGCGGCCAUGGGGCCUGUGAGCACUGCGCUGCUCCCUUAAAAACUUGCCACAUGUGUCGUAAAGUUAUCACGAAGAAGAUUAAUUUGUAUUAG